GAAGCAAAUUCCUCGACAAACAGUCAUUCAUCGAUAAUUGAAUGAUCUUUGGAGACUGAUUAUUUUUUCGCGCGAGAUGUCGGCGAUGAGAGAGCGUUUUUCGCCGGAUGCGCUUUCGGCUACGACUCCUCUCGUCGACAGCCGGGAUUGCGACGUCGGCAGUGUAGAACGUGUCGACGUGGACCCUGUCGGAGAGUCGGUGGCGACUCUAUACGCGCCUCUCUCAAAAUAGAGUCCUCCCCCGUGCCACCCCGCCGUACAUCUCGUGACGCCUUUUCGGGUCGCGCUUAGUUACCGUCUCCCGAGGAGGAACUGGUAUCGUUAUCCAGUAUCCAGCGGGAGCAUCCCGCGAUAAACCGACGACAUGUGUGCACCGGUGGACCGCGAGAGAGAGAAGAGGAAAAUGGAGCAUAUACGUGACUUCUUCGUUCAGGAAGAUAUCCAUCGCUUAUUCGGAUAAUCACGGAUCCAUCAACUCUUCUACGAUCUAAAAACUGGGAAAAGCCGUCCACGAGUGUCUCCCCGGCUCUGUUUUUCAAGAAAACUGAUGUCUGCUCCGCAAAAUCAGCUUCAGCUGUCAGAAGGCCUUUAUAUGGUACAUCUCUGACGGAGUCAUGUGUGAAUUAUUCGGAGAAAUCGGGGAUUAUGUAGGUGCGAGAGAUUAUUUCCCAUUCACAAGGAUCAGCUCGAGGACCGAAUUGUCAGCCAGAUUUGAUCGCAACGCAUUUUCGUGGCAUCCGACUGACUCGAUGACUGCUGUGCAUGUAUCAUAGUUAUUGCGCGCGAUGAUUAUUGCGUCGGUGGUAGCCGAAAAGUGCUGUCUUAUUCCAGAUAUGUAUUCUUAGUGCGACUGUACGUUGCGCUCCAAAUUUAUAUCGUGCUAAUUAUACGCGUCUCGUCGCUCAGUUUGUUACCUUACGAGUGAGAGUGAGAGAGAGAGACUUGCUAGAUGGUUGGAACAAUUGCGGAAGUUAUUGUGUAACUCGCAAACGUCGAACCGACAGGUCACGAGGAUUAUCUAAUACGAAGAAGGAUGGACAGGGUUGGAUGGACAGUUCGAUGAAUCCGACUCUUCUCAAAGUCGAAACUUCGCGACGUUGAAGCGAAAAGAAGCUAUUCGUGCUAUAUAGUUGUAGUUCUUGAAUAUACGGAAAUCCGAAAAUAGAUCGAGUGCCAGCGAUAUGCAAUAUCAUCAGUAUUGCCAUCCUUCCCGGAAAAACUCUGCUACGGACGAGACUGUAGCGCGAACAUGACUCAACUCGAAGAGACGUCAUUAUAUAAGCUCUCUCUUCCAUGUAGCAUGGAACAAGAUAAUCAGAUGAACGGCCUCAAGUGUCAUCCGUGAUCAUCAGCUGAACUCUGUGUAGGAAAAAAGAGAGACUACAAAUCCAUGAACAGAAGAAGGCUAGGAAACCAGAUGAUCGUCAUCUGACGGAGGACGAGAAGAAGAGGACGAAUGAUUCCAAGUUUCAAAUGUUAUCCGUGAUCAUCAGCUGAACUCUGUGUAGGGAAAAAGAGAGGGACUACAAAUCCAUGAAUAGGAGAAGGACGAGGGAACCAGAUCAUCGUCACCUAACAGAGGACAAAAAGAAGAAGAGGGCGGAUGAUUUCCUGGAAUUGCAGACCGAUCAUGUCCCGAGGCGAAGGUUGAGACAAAGGAGAGGCGCGAAAUGUACGGACGUUGUGACAAUUCGGCGAGCCAGGGUGGCACGAAUGAUCAAUCAGCGCCACCGUGGCUGGUCCGCGCCGAAGUUACCAUCCGUCAUGGGGACACGGUGACCUCCGAGACCGUGCAAAUGCCACCGGGUACUACCACGACCGCGGACGCAGGCGGCAUCCGCAUGAUAUGUCGUUGGAACACGAGCGAGCCGUCCAGCACGUUGCCGCCGUCGAGCGCCACCGAUUCUAGGUUGCCGUCAUCCUCCGGCGGUUUCGGCUUCCAACGGGGAAACAUCCUGUUCACGUCCACGCCGCCCGAGAGGCCGUCCUCGAAGUCGGACGACAGAGCCUACACCCUACCCCGUUCGAGUUCGUCGGGCAACAACGACUCCGGCUACAACAGCGAACGAUUCUCAUCGUCGCGCGCUUAUUCCAGCCUGCCUACGCGACGUUCGUCGCAGCAACAGUACGAUCGUCGGUGCAAGAGCACCUGCAGGAUCGUUCUCUCCACCGCGAAUCCCGAGAAGAUCGCGAGUUCCCCGGAAUCCGUCGACUUCUGCCACAGGAAACCCUCCUCGUAUCAGCAACGCUGUCACCAGUUCUUUCAACGCGGUCAUCAGUUCAGCGCGGUUCCGGAAGUCUGCGAGGACUGCGCGGAGGGACGUGCGUCCAGCGCCUUCACUACUCACUUUUGCACCCGCGUUGCGGAAAAGACCACUGCGAGCAGCCAACAGGCCGCUACGAUUAGCAAAGACGCGGCCUCGCAAACCACCGACGUCGAGUCCGUGCGCUCCUCGUCGACCGUCAAGAGUGGCAGAAUUGGGAGGAAAUCGGGCGCUGGUGGUGCCCAGAAAUCUAACGAGCAGAGAAAGGAGCAAAUCAGAUCGCCUCCAGCGUCAGUUGGGACCACCAGUUCCGCUCCUCCCGUGGACGCGGAAAAGUCGGACUCUUCGACGAAAGAGGACAGCAGCGGCAAGCGCAAGUCGCGGACGGUACACAUCGACGUGUACUGCACAGGAUCCGACGACGACGCCAGCACGGAUAAUAAUAAUACGAGCAGCGAGGACGAGGAGGACGAGCGCGGUACACCUAUGACGGUCUUCGAGAAUGAGGACGUCAAGGUCACCCACAGCCAGGCGACAAGCAGCUUGCCGCGGGGAUUUCAGGACGCGAAGGCGUUCCUGAAGCGCAGCGCCGAACGACGAUGCGCCAGUUUUCGAAACGCGCCGAUGAGGAUGCCCUCGUUGGCCAGUUCGAGGGGCUACGACAGCGACGAGGUGCUGAGCUCCCUCUAUCCUUCGCGAUUCAGCUCCUACAGCGGGAUACGGGAUCUCGACUCCGCUCCCUGGUCCGCCGCCUCGUCCAGCACGGCUCUUUCCCCGUGCGACUCAACGACCAUGACCUCGUCGAAGGACACCUUUUCGGAUAUUGAGUCCCUGAUUCGCAGCAAACCCGGCUUGACGUCCUGCGACAGCUUCGAAUACGCCAACUCCGCGGAUCGCGAUCGAAUACGCAGGAUGGAUAAGUCGGCGAAGGAGAAGGGCGACGAGAGGAAGAGGACCUGGCGGUCCCCGCAGAUCGAGCGGAAGCACCUGCUGCAGAACAGGAAGAUGAGGGAGUACCUGGAGAAGCACGAGAUAGGUUGGUCGUCCGGAGAGAGCGAGAAUUCCGAGGACGAGGACGAAACGGUCGGCUGGAACUUCGUGGCUGGCGACGACAGGUCGCUCGCGAAGAGAGACUCGAUCGUGCGAGGAGUCCGCAAGGAUCCAACCGAGAAUUCCAACGCGACGCCCGCCAACUAUGUUCCCUACUCUAAUGUUCUCCGCGAUCGCAUCGGUCCCUUCGGGUCGAAGAGCCCGUCUCCGCUCCCUUCGACCAUACCCUCCCGCGUAACGUCACCCUUCGCCGCGCCGUACGGAGAGAGAACCGAUCAUAUCGUGAAGGCCUCGAGAUUCGGGACGGUGAUCCGAGCAUUUCGCAAGCCCGGUCAUCAUAUCGGGCCGUCGAAGAAUCCGACGUGCACGUGCGAACACUGCCGAAGGUACUUCGAGGAGAGUGGGACAAGAGGUCGGGCUUAUUCGUUGAGCGAACUCGAACGUCAUCCAGUAUUCAAGUUGCGAAAAGAGUGACACUUCUGACGUUUCGCAAUUAGCUGUUACCAUUUUGAAAUGUAUCGAUUCUUUUUCGAGCUUUCCAUUUUGUUUAUUUAUAUUGUAAGGUAUUUGUAAGCGAUUAUUAAGCAAACUGCGUUCCAUCAUUCGCGAUUAUUGAAGGACACCGCAUCAAAUUCAUAAGAUUUUGGCUUUCCGUGCGAAAUUGAUCAUUUUAUAUGAUUAAUACGGGAUUUUUGAACCUAUAUAAAAUCCUAGGUGAAAUAAAAUCAGCUGAUUUUCUCACAUGUGUAACUUAUGACUUGCUGAACAAAAAAUGUAAUAGGCUAAAUAAUAGAUGGUUAUAGCCAGUUGGACACGAAAAAUUAGGAUUUUGUGAGUUAUUUGAACUGUAACUCAAUAACGAUCGAAUAUUUAGCUUUAAGGCUGUCACAUCUUUUAUUCAGCAAAUUAUAUGAGGAAACAGCCAAUUCCACCGAAAAUCAAAAUCCUAUGUAUUUGGUGCGGGAUUCUUUGUAUAUGUGAUUUGUGUGUUUAAUUUAUAUUCCGUAUGUUAUAGCUUUUUUAAAAUUUAAAUUAUUACAAAAGAGCUGUUAAACACAUUCUGUGCUGGAAAUUGAGCAUUUAUAUAAAUUAACAAGGAUGUAUACAUCGAUUGCGCUGUUAAUAAAUAUUAAUUAUGUUGGA